AUGAUGGAUAAUAGUUAUGACCAUUGGUUUUCAAAGUAUGAUCAAGAGUCUUUCGAUAAGGAUUUCUUCAAAGUUCCAUACUAUGAUUUCCUGAAUCAGUUGAUUGUUAAUCCUGAUUUCAACCUGCUUCCCAAUGAACCUCAAUUGUCAUUAGAUAAUGUGCAUAAGGUAUUGUAGUAGACAUUGCAGAAAAAUCACUUGAUCAUUUCAACCUUCAUCUUACCUUUACUCGAUAACUCAAAGGAGCCCUUUCUAAGAUGGGUGAGGAGUGUGAUUGCAUUCAUUGAUUGUGAAAAGAUCUAUUCCAUAAUGUUUUGGAAUUUGAAUUUCAUUCCCAAUUUCCUCGAAUAUAGAUUGUAUGCUAGUUUCAUACGUCUCUACAAAUUCUUGAUUAGUUUGAACUAAAAUGUGAUUUAACCAAAAUCCCUCGCAACCGAAUAAAUCAGACUGUCAAACAAAUUCACAAUCAAGACUCUUGCUGAGAGAUAUCAAGAUGCCUUGUAUGUGUCCUUUGACGAAUUGGCCAAACUUUAAGGACAAAUGCUUAAAGUCCUAAAGCCGCUGGUCAGUCAGAAUCCUACUCUCAUAGGCAAGAUUUACUAUUUCAUCUAUCACAUGUACGAUAAGCCUACUCUGCAACUACUAAAAGAUCUUGAUUAGCAAUUUGGGUAAUUGGAAAAUCAGUGGGUCAAGAAGAUUCUGGCAGAAAAUGAAUUGGCUAAAAAAUAUAUUGACGCUUAUUUAAAUGAUGACAAAUAGGGUGGAGACCAAUUUGAAUUUGAAGAUUCCGAAAUCCUAAAAUAACUCAUGACAUCCAAUAAAUAGGAGAGUCUCUACAAAGUAGAUGUGCAAGAUAAGUCACUAUUAGAAAAGUCAAAGAAGACUUAAUUUCUGAAUUCCCUAGAGACCAAAGCCAAGAGAAGGAACUAUGAUGGCAAAUCCUCAGUUUUUGUAUAAAAUUAUAGUGCAAUUUCUGAAUCAACAAAAUCAUCAACAGAAAAUAGAUCGAAGAUUUAUUCUGAGGAAUCCAAUAUAACAACAGAACAAUACACAUUCAUUCAAUAUUCAAACAAUAAUCUAUAGAAUUCUGUUGUUGGAUUUUUGGCCAGUGAUCUUAUUCAACUUGAAAAAGAACAUUAGUAAGAAUUCAAAAAUAGUAAAUUACACAAAACAUUUCAAAAUGAGGAAUCCAUCAAAUUAAAUGAUGAUCUAGUAGAAUUCAUAACAAAGGCAGAUGCUUAAAUAUCUGUUAUCAAAGACGAAGACAUCUUACUUGGAGAUAAUUAUACAAGGAAAAGAUAACGAAUUAAAAAUAAUAAGAAUGUUGAAGAAAAUGAAUCCCCUGAUGUUCAUAGAAAGUAAACUAUGGUCAAUUCUAAGUAACAAGAAAUUCACGAAGAAGAAUUGAGAAAACUUAGAGCCAGGAGAUUAUUGGCUGAAUAAAAUCAAUUCCAUAGUGAGAAAUAUAGAUAUACAAGUAAUCAAGACAAUCAAUUAACUACUGAUAAAGAUUAUCUUAGUAAAUAAUAUCAUACCAACUUAGGAUACUCCUUUGAAGAUUCAAUGAGUGAGGAUGAUGAAUCUGAGGAUGACAUUAAACUCAAAUCAUAAUAAGAUAAAGUCAUUAUUCCACAAGACUAAUCACUAAACACCUAAGGAAUCAUAUUUGAAAAAUUUUAACAAUAUUCUGGAUUAUCUAUCUAAAGAGGAUCUGAAAAGAAUAAAUAUUUCUUAAAUAGGCUGUUCCAUAUGAAUGAAAAUUCACUAAGAAUAUCAGGCAAAUCUUUAGUUUUAGAUUUCGAGGAAAGAAAAUGGGAAUUUCUAAAAUAAAGUAUAUUACCAUAGAAUUUAAUAAAGGAGGAAUGUAGUUUAUUUAUAAAAUUCGUUGUACCAACUAAACAUUUCCUAGAUAGAUAAUGUCUAUGCAUUCUUUUCUUAAAGAGUAAAUCUGUAAUAUACUAUAACUUUUGA